AUGGAACCGGCUGACGCGCCGCCGGGGCUGCGUGCUGCGAGUUGCGAGGUUGAAGUGGACAUUAACAUGCUCCGUGGACUACUUGCGCGGCAGACUGAGCUGCUUCAGCAAUCGGGCAAAAAGGCUAUGGAUGAUAUCAUGACAAGGGUGCAAAAGCUGUGGGAGGAAGGUUUUGAAUCGGUCGAGGCUAGGCUUGCGGCGCAAAAGGAAGCCGUACAACAGCUUUCUGAUCGGUGCAGCAUGCUUGAGCAACGGCUACAGCGACUGGAGGAUUGCCACGAUGCUGCAGGGAGUGCAUCAACUAUGGUCGUGGCUGAGGUCUCUGACCGAUGCUGUAAGCUUGAGGACAGGCUACAGUGGCUGGAGAAUGGUCGCAAUGGUACAGGGAAUGCAUCGACAAUGGCCGAGGGCGAGAACCAGAAGGGCAGAAAAAAGAAGGGUAGAAGACGCAACAAAGUGGCAACUUCUUCCAAAGGGGUGGAUCUGCCACUGCAGUGCCCGCAGACUUUGCACACCUACGACAUGGGAGUGGAAAAGGCUUUGGUUGAGGCUGAGGCUGAGGGCAACGCAGACGACAUUUUGGUUACUGAUAUGGAUUUGGAACCUGGUGACUGGAAUGGUGAAUGGACUCAGAUCACUGCCAAACCUGAUGGUUCGGAUGACAAACGCACCAGCUCAGCCGAUGGGGCCAGCUUGUGGAAUGAACAUUGGUACACACCCAGCGAUGCAAAAAGGAAGUGGUGCAAGCAUUCGUGGCGCAAGUGGCCACGGUGGGGACAGGGAUGUCGGACCGGUAGCAGUUGGACACACAGAGGAUACCGCAAGCACUGGUGUCAUCCUGACAUGAUGGAGUGGGACCAUAGGCGGUCAGGUGCACCCUGGAGCUCAUGGAAAGUAUGGGUCCAUGCUGAAUGCAAAUGCAGCUGGUGCAAUCUGGAUGAGCCAUGGGUUACAGUGGUAUUGGAGGGAUGCCGUUGCUAA